GUGCCGAACGUCCUGUUUACGCGGGGAAUACGAUGUUAGCCUCUGGUCUCCGACAGCAGUGAGUUUCCGGGAUACAGAUUGCAUAAAGCUCCGCGGCCUCAGUGCAAACUGGCGACGGUGUUUAUUAGACAACUGUUAGCGGCUAAUCAACUGUUAGCGGCUAAUCAACUGUUAGCGGCUAAUCAGCUGUCAUCGGCAGACGCAACAUAUACACAGCUGCUGCCUGUUAGCACGAGGCUAACGUUAGCAUCAACAAGUUCCUGACGGGCAGGUAGGCGCAGACCAGGUGAAGCUGUAACCUGCACAGAGGAGGAGGAGGGAGAUGGCCCCGGUGUCAGAUGUGGAGGUGUCCUCUGUGACGGGCGGCCGGGUCAGGAGGGAUGAAGCUCUGUCCCGCGAGGACGUCCUCUGUCCCGUCUGUCUGGAGAUCUUCAUGGAGCCGGUCACACUUCCCUGCACACACACCUUCUGCAAGGUGUGCUUCCUGGAGUCGGUGGACAAAGCCACGCUGUGCUGUCCCCUCUGCAGGAAGCGGAUCUCUUCCUGGACCCGUCUGAACAGCAGGAACAACAGUCUGGUGGACCAGGCGCUCUGGAAGAGAAUCCAGUCCUGCUUCCCUCUGCAGUGUCAGCGUCGUCUGAGUGGGAAGGACGCCGAUGACGAGGACCGCUCAGGGUCCGUGUGUGUUCCCAGGGUCAGUCAACCUGGAGAGCUGCGACAGGAGUACGAGGACCAGGUAACCAAGCUGAUGGAGGAGCGGCGGCUGCUGGAUGAGGAGGAGAGGAAGGCCAGUGAGGAGCUGAUCAAGAGGCUGCUGCAGGAGGAAGAGGAGCAGCUGCAGGAGGAGAGGAUGAGGAAGGACGAGGACGAGCAGCUGGCCCGACUGCUCAGUAACCAGCUGAACCCUCCUCCUGACCCUCGUCUGGCUGACGUCAUGGCCAAGAAGAAGAAGAAGAAGGAGGAAGCAGCAGCGGGUCACAUGGACAGGUUCCUGUGUCCUCGGGGGGUCCAGUCUAGCUCCACCUGCAGCUUCAUGUCCAACAAGGAGAACGUCCUCAUGUCUGAGGCUGAGCUUCAGGUGGAGCGGCCCCUCCCUCAGCUGGACUAUUACGGCCCCCAGAUGGAGGGGGAGGAGGAGAGGAGUCAGCUGAUCACACCUUCAUCAACCAAAAGGAAAAUUUCAGAGCUGGGAACACCUGAGGAGGAGGAGGUGAAGGCUAAACGGGUCCUUACUUCAUCCUCUCUGGAGGCGGGGCUAUGUGACUGGGAGGCGGAGCAACAGGUGAAGCUGCAGCAGGAAGAGGAGGACCGACGGCUGGCUCUGCUGCUGCAGAAGGAGCUGGACGAGGAGGAGCGACGAAGAGCCACUGAUCGACGCAAAGGAUCCUCUGACGCCUACCUGCUCCGCCAGAAUACAGGACGUACACCUGGAGGCUCCGCCCACAAGACAGGAAAGAACCCUGGAGGCCCUGCCCACCUUAGAGGAGGCACAUCUGGAGGCUCCGCCCACAAAACCACUAAAACCUCCAGAGGCACCUCUUCAUCCGCCUCCUCCUCCAGACAGACCACUCUGACGAAGAUGUUCUCUAGUCUGAACAGCUGAUCCGACGGUUUUCCAGAGAAUUCCACCAUCUGCUUAAUGAACAGGAGUGUGUGUGUGUUUCCUCCCUCUGUAAAAUCUCCUGAUCAAGUCUUGGUCGGGUUGAUCUGAUCAGCGGAUCAUGUUGUAUUGAUCAGGUUGAUCUAAUGUUGCUGCUGCCUUCACUCAUUUUUCUCAAAGCUGAUUGGACAUCUUUCUGUUGGGGGAGGGGCAUAAACUGAGCAGACUCAAAAGUGAUGCUGAGGUCACAGCUGUUUUUAUCCCAGUUCACCUGAACGCAGCAUCAUGUUCAUUGUGUAAUGUUUACUUCAGGGUCUCUUUAACAUCAUAAUGGCAGUGUUCUGCCGGCCGGGUUCUAACCGCCGGGUUCUCCAGAGUUUGGUUUUAUAUGGCUGUCAGCACAGAUGGUGCAUUCACUGACCUUGGGGAAAAUCAGUCACUUUGUUUCUUCUAAUAAAGCGGUUGUGAUUG